AUGGAGGACGACCAGCUUUUCCAAGACGUGAAAUUUGAUGCAGAUCUGGAAGGUUUUUACAAUGGAACGAGGGCGACUGUGAACUUGCAGCAGCAACCGACUACUCUUGGAGGAUUCGAGGAACCGCCGAAGAUAACAGCAGCCAAAGAGUCAGCUGAUACUUCCUCCCAAACCUCUGGCUUCGCCAGCUUGCUAGGGCGGCUGAGCUUGCUGCAGACGUUUGGAACCGCCCUCGGCGCCUCUACGGAGCAAGUAGUCGGUGCGGCGGUUCCUACCUCUUUAGGAUCCGUUAAGGACCAGGCCAGUAGCUUCAUGUCCAAAGCGCAGCCGUGGAGACAGUUCGCGUGGCCACUCUCGGUUCCAUCUGCGAAUGAAGGUUGCUCGCGAAUUUCUGCGAACGUCUUCAACUACCAGACAAACUACGCUAUCCUUUUCGUGGUUCAACUCGUUCUUUCGGUCAUUCUCCAGCCAUCUGCUCUGAUGUGCAUCAUGCUUACGGUGAUCACGUGGAUUUUGUUCUUGAAAAAGAACGAAGACCCCGACUGGGCACCCAAGCUGGGGGGUGUCGUCUUGUCGCCAAUGCAGAGAUGGCUUUUGUUGGCAGCGAUCACAACAAUUGUUUUGCUGCUUUGGGUCGGCGGGGUGAUCUUCAAUGCUGCUUUGAUGUAUUUGCUUUUCUUCCUGGCACAUGGCCUGUUACAUGAUCCCGGCCGCAGCAUCGGAGGAGGAGAUCCGGUGCCCAUUUGA